AUGUCUGGCGCUGAGAACACCGAGCCCAAGGUCGACGAGACCAAGCCCGUCGAGACCGCCGUGGCUGCUGGUUCCGCUUCCGACCCCGCAAGUGCCGCUGCCGAUGAGAAGCCAGUGACCUCGUCGGCCGUUUUCUCCAUGUUUGGAGGCGGCACGAAGAAGGAGAAGAAGGACGAAGACGAGGAUCGUGGUGACAAUUCUGGCAGCGCCAAGGCCCAGCGGGAGGCUGCCAAGGCCGAGGCCGGUGAGGACGAGCCCCCUGAAAGCGAGGAUGUCCACUUUGAGCCCGUCAUCAAGCUCACCGAAAAGGUCGAGACCAAAACCAACGAGGAGUCGGAGGAGCAGCUUUUCAAAAUGCGCGCAAAGCUUUUCAAGUUCUCCAAAGAAUCUAGCGAGUGGAAAGAGCGCGGAACUGGUGAUGUCCGUCUGCUCAAGCACAAGGAGAACGGCAAGACUAGAUUGGUUAUGCGACGCGACAAGACGCUCAAGGUCUGCGCCAACCACUACAUCGUGCCCGAAAUGAAGCUUUCCCCAAACGUCGGCUCUGACCGCAGCUGGGUAUGGAAUGCCGCUGCCGAUGUCAGUGAGGGCGAACCCGAGGCUUGCACCCUUGCCAUUCGCUUUGCCAACACUGAGAACGCCAAUCUAUUCAAGGAUGCUUUCUUGAAGGCCCAGAAGGAGAACGAGGUGAUUUUCGGCAAGGAGGACGGUUCGGCUGACAAGCCCGAAUAA